AUGAGUCGCAUCUUUAUCACUGGCGCCACUGGCUUCAUCGGCGGCGAAGUCGUUCACCGUCUCGCAAAUUCGCGUCUUGCCUCGCACAUUGUCGCCCUUGUAAGAAACGAAGCUCGCGCUGCGCAAAUCACCACAAAGUACCCAGCUGUUGUGCCGCUCAUUGCCGACUUGGAUGCCAGUGAUACCAUCGCAACGGCCGCGUCUGAGGCGGAUGUUGUUCUUCACUUGGCGAGUUCGAACCACGCGGGCAGCGCUAAGGCGAUUGCCCAAGGCCUUGGAAAGUCGCAGAGCAAAAACCCAGUUUGGAUCCAGAUUUCGGGCGCAAGCGUCCUCUCCGGCCCCGAAAUUGCCAACCAUUCGUACGGGAAUGCCAGCUCCAAAGUCUACAACGAUGUGGCCGACGCCUCCGAGCUGCGCGACAUCAUCGCCUCGUCCCCGAAACGAGUCGUCGACCGUCUCGUGACCAACUUGUCCGCCAGCCAGCCGAGUGUUCGCACGGCCAUCAUAUACGGACCCAUCAUUUACGGCCUGGGCAACGGCCCCGUGAACCAGCGCAGCAUCCAAAUGCCCAGCCUCGCCAAGGCGACGCUUCAAAACGGAUUUGCGCCGCACGUCGGCAAGGGACUUAGCGCCUGGAGCAAUGUGCACGUCUCCGACAUUGCCCAGCUGGUCCUGAAGCUCGUCGCGGCGUCACAGCACAGCACUGAUCAGAAGUCGUUGUGGAACAAGGAUGGUCUUUAUUUCGCCGACGCGGGAAAAAUCUCUUUUGGCGACAUCGCCCGCAAGAUAGCCACGUUUGCUGCGGCACAAGGCUUCAUCGAAUCCCCCGCUGUCAAGGAAGUCGACGACGAGGCCGCCGAGUCCAUCACUGCGCAUGCCGCCGUGCUACUGGGGACCAAUGCGCAGACAAGAGGCGAUCGGGCCCGCACCUUGCUUGGAUGGGCGCCGCAGGGCCCAAGUCUAGACGAAGAGAUCGAACGGGUCGUGACGGAGGAAGCAGCUGCCAGCAGGGGCAGUGCAUCGCCAAAGAUAUAA